CAGAGUGAGCGAGAGAGAGUGACCGAGAGAGUGACCGAGAGAGAGCAUUGAGCGAGCAAUUGCAGGGCUGCACCUUCAACUUUUUAUCGCAGAAACGUUUUGAGUGUAAAGAAGGGUGAUUGCCCGAGACGUUGGCUACCACGCCAGAGAGAGAGAGAGAGUGCGAGAGAGCGAGAGAGCGAGCGCGCAAGCUCGUGGGGAGUCCGCAAAGAUUUUUCUAAGAAAUGUUGAAUUCUUGGGAAGGAACGCCGCCAACAGCUCCCACGACACAUUUCCUCUUUGGUGUCUCGGUCGAGAGCCGGGAUCUGCACUGCCGCAGCACGUACGGGUAACGGAAAGAAGCGUCGCAGAGACCGAGUGAAACUCUCGCCGACGAGACGGAAAGGAAGAGGAGGAGGAGGGCUCGCUCGCUCGUACGCACCGCUCCAGAAGCCCCCCACGAGGUUCCGCAUUGAAGCCUCGCGGAGAAUCAAGGACGGCGUCGUUACCGUCGGUGGCUCUCCGGCCCACGCCGCACCUCCCACCGCGAGUUACCAGCGGCCAGCGCAGGAGGAGGAGGAGGGAUUGACAGCGGCAGGAUGGCGAGGGCGUGCCUGCUGCUGUCACUCGCCGCCGCGGUGGUCGGCUACCAAGCGAAGGACGAGACGCACGUGCGGGUCGAGCGCCUGGAGCAGCACGUCAACGAGACCGAGUUCGUCUACAUCAGGCACGCCUACGUGCACACCGCGACGAGGCUACGCGAAGACACCAAGCGAGACGCCGCCGCCGCCGCCGCCACCGCCACCGCCGGCGCUGCCGCCGCCGGCGCGGCUACUGCCGCCGCGGGCUGCCACCACACCUUCGUGGUGCCCCCCCACCUGCCCGCGGGCCCCAUCUGCGUGCUGCAGGAGGGGGCCGGCGCCCCCCAGGACGCAGGGACCCCCGCCGGCGUCGCGGCGACGGCGGUGGUGGACAAGUUCUGGGCCGAGCUGGGCACCCACGGGCGCCAGCUUGCCCUGCUGCAGCGCCAGCUCUCAGACCUGGACGACUCGGCGGAGAUCGGCGAGAAGUUCGAGGAGGAUUUGGUGGUGGCGGCGGCAGCGGCGGCGGCGGUGGCCGCCGCCGGCGGCGGAGACGGCGGCGCUACCGGCGGUGGCAGCGGUGGCGCUACCAGCGUAGGGCUACGGGCGGCGGUGCAAGCGCUCCGCCGGGCAGGCCGCGCCGUGGGGGAGCGCGUCACGGCGCUGUACGCGCGCAUCCUGCGCGAGACCGUGCUGGAUCGUGGCGGUGGCGGCGGCGACUACGGCGGUGGCGGUGGUCAGAGUGGGUCUAGGCAAGGCCGCACCCUCCACGCGGCUCGCUCGGAGCUGCACAAGCGCGUGAGCGAGCAGGAGACGCACAGCCUGGGCCUGCACGGACACUACGUGCGCAUCCAGAGCACCUACGACGCGCUGUCGGAGACCGUCGGCAACCACACGGCCACGCUCGCCCGCCUGGGCCUGCGCUGCUGCCACCAGCGGCCGCUCGACGCCCAGCAGCCGCCACCGCCCCCCGACCCUCGCCGCGCGACCUCGUCGCUGCCCUCGGCGGAGCGAGGGGCUGACGGUGGAGGCGGCGCCGUCGCGUCGCCGAUCCCCUCGCCGGACCGCGCGUGGCGUGCGACGACCAACGGCGGGGACUCUGCCGGCUCGGAAACUUCGUACGGUUGCGGCAAAGGGGGCGGAGGAGGAAGCGGAGGAGGUGGUGACGCCGCGGGGAGAUUGGCGACUGGAGAACGCGAGAGCGAGCGAACCCCGGCGCUGGCGACGCAGACGGCGCGACGGCAGCACGGGGCUGGUGAUGGCUGGGCGGGGAAGCAAGGGCUGUCCGCCGUCGGCGGCGGAGGCGCGAACUGGGCGCCCGGGAGUGACGGUGGCCGGGAGGUUGGGAAUCGCGGCGGGGGGGGGGCGGCCGCCGCACCGGACAACGCGGUGAUGCGGCACGGCUCCCGCGACGCGGCCGUGCCGCCCGCGCCGGACAAGGGUGGCGGUGCGGGCCACGGAGAAGCCACACGUGGUGCUGGAAGGGCCGUGGCGCGACUGCCAGGAGGCGUGGGAUGCCGGCUAUCGGCGCUCGGGGCGCUACCUGCUGCGCCCGGCCGCCGGGAGCCCGCUGCUGCGGCACGCGUGGUGCGACCAGGAGCGCGACCCCGGCGGCUGGACCGUGGUGCAGCGGCGCAGCGACGGCGCCGUCUCGUUCGCGCGCGACUGGGACGCGUACAAGAUCGGCUUUGGCCGCGUGGAAGAGGAGCACUGGCUGGGGCUCCAAACGAUGCACGCGCUCACCAGCGAGCGCAACUACCGCCUUCUCGUCGCGCUGCAGGACUGGGAUGGGCGUCGCGCCUUCGCCGAGUACGGCAGCUUCCGCGUGGAGAGCGAGGAGGACAACUACCGCCUGAGGCUGGGCCACUUCCGCGGCACGGCGGGCGACUCCAUGGGGCUGCACCACGGGAAGCCGUUCAGCACCUACGACCGCGACAACGACGCCUUCAGGGGGAACUGCGCGCAUCACCAGAAGGGCGGCUGGUGGUACAACGCGUGCUCGCACGCAAACCUCAACGGCGUGUGGUACGAGGGCGGCCGCUACGCGGGCAGCGAGCAAGACGGCGCCUACUGGACGACGUUCCGUGGCACGGCCUACUCGCUCAAGAGCAUCGUGCUCAUGAUACGGCCCAACCCAAACUUCUACCACUGAGCAGCGGCGGGCGGGAGAGGUGGUGCCGGUGGUGGGGUGGCCGUCGUCGCGACGAUCCGUGCGGUCGGGAGUCGCCGUGGUUGUUAUGGAUCGCCCUCGUCUUAGACUAGAUUGCCGUGUCGCGGAUUGUUGUCAGCGGCCGUGGCCAGGGAAUAGCUUCGGUUGGGAUGCGACGCUGCCAAUAUCGCCAUAGCAAAUCAUCAUCAUCGUCGUCGUCAUCAUCGUCAUCAGCUUGGUAUAUCCGUGUUCUCGUCAGCAUCAUCAUCAUAAUACAGGUUUUUUUGGGUUAGAUCGCGUAAAAUAUAUUUACGCGAUUUGUAUUACGGGUGAUACAAGCCUUCGUGUUAAACUCAAUCAUCAUCAUCAGCAUCGUCAGGCUACAUCACAGCGUUAUUAUCAUCAUCAUAAUCACCGAAUCGUCGACCAGUCAUUGUUAUCGAUCGCCCUCGUUUUCUACUUGACUGCCGUGUUGUGGAUUAUUGUCAGCGCCCGUGGCAAUGGAAUGGUUUCGAAUGGGAUGCGACGCUGACGAUGUCGCCAUCAUCAUCAGCAGCAGCAGCAGCAUCGUGUUCCACGUCAGACUAUAUACAGCGUUAUCAUCUUUAUAUUCUUAGGUUUUUUCGGUAAA